AUGGCGACGCUGGGGCUGGACGAAGACGAGCUCAAGUCGGUGGAGCACACCGUCGCAAGGCUGGCCCAGCUAUCCAGCAGCAUCCAGAGCCUGAAGAUGGACAUUCUAAAAAGCAAUCCCCUGCCGCACCCUUCGUCCCUCCAGGCCUCUGCGCAGAUCCUCCAGCGCAACCUGCAGUCCGUCCUCGAGAGUCUAAACGACAACGCGGAGCUGUUUACGCGAAUGGUCAUCCACCCGUCGACCAACUACCCCGGCCGGACGCAGGAGAAUAUCCUGACGCAGCUGCUGCGCAAGAAGCUGGAGCCCGAUGUGGAGGAGCUGGUUGCCGAGGGGCGCGAGACGGCGAGGCUCGCGACGCCAGAGGGCGUCGCGGAGCUGCAGGCGAUUUGGGACGAGCUGCGGGAGUGGACGCAGGGUCGGAUUGCGGCCUAUGUGCGCGAUGAGGCGGGCGAUGUGUACACCCGUGAGGAGAGGGAGGCAGGGGUGGACAAUGUUCGGACCGGGCUGAGGAGGGGUCUCGAUGAGAGCGACGACGACGAGGACGAGGCGGAUGAGGAUGAGGACGAGGGCGAGGACGGUGACAAGGGCGGCAAGAUGGUGCCCAGGGGGCCUGAGCCGGAGACGCUGUUGUGGUUUGGGGCGAGGGGGGAUUUUGAGCUGCCGCGGAACGUGGAGUUUGAGCGCAAGGUUGGCGUGAAGAGGGGGCUGGAGGGUGUGAAUAUACCGCCUGAGAGAAUGGACGGUGUCACUUCGUCUUAG